CUCAGCUCUGCCGACUAUUUACAAUGGGUGUCCUUGAAAUUGUCCCAGCCGGUGUUCUUACUGGCGACAAUGUGCGCAAGCUCUUUGAAUACGCGAAGGAGAACCAGUUUGCUAUUCCUGCCAUCAACGUGACCUCCUCCUCCACCGCCAACGCUGUCCUUGAGGCUGCCCGGGAUAUCAAAGCCCCGAUCAUCAUUCAGGUCUCCCAAGGUGGCAGCGCGUACUUUGCUGGUAAGGGUCUUGCGAACGACAAGCAACAGGCCUCCAUCCUCGGUGCCAUCGCUGCCGCUCACCAUGUCCGCACUGUCGCGAAGGAGUACGGUGUCCCCGUGGUUUUGCACUCCGAUCACUGCGCGAAAAAGCUUUUGCCAUGGUUCGACGGCAUGCUUAAGGCGGACGAAGAGUACUUCGCCCACCAUGGCGAACCUCUCUUCUCGUCACACAUGCUCGACCUCUCCGAGGAGUCAAAGGAGGAGAACAUCGCUAUUUGUGUGCAGUACUUCGAACGCAUGGCCAAGCUCGGCCUUUGGCUUGAGAUGGAGAUUGGUAUCACCGGCGGCGAGGAAGACGGCGUGGACAACACUGAAGUCGACAACGCCAAGCUGUAUACCCAGCCUGAGGAUAUCUGGGACGUCAACUUGGCUCUCUCUAAGAUCUCCCCUAAUUUCUCCAUCGCGGCUGCGUUUGGUAACGUUCACGGUGUCUACAAACCUGGUAACGUCAAGCUUCACCCCGAGCUCCUUCAGAAGCAUCAAGUCUACGCUGAGGGGAAGCUCGGCGGCAGCAAGAAGCCUCUCUUCUUGGUUUUCCACGGCGGUUCCGGCUCGACCAAGGAGGAGAUCAAGACCGGCGUUGAGAACGGUGUCGUCAAGAUGAACGUCGACACUGACACUCAGUUCGCUUAUCUCGCCGGUAUUCGGGACUUUGUUACCUCGAAGAUUGGCUACCUCAAGACCCAGGUCGGUAACCCUGAGGGGGCGGACAAGCCCAACAAGAAAUACUACGACCCCCGUAUCUGGGUCCGUGAGGGUGAGAAGACCCUCGUUGUCCGUGUCAAGGAAGCCUGCACCGAUCUCGGUAACAUCAAUCGUCUGUAAUUGUGUAAGGAAGGUCAAGGAUAGCACAGUGUAAUACGUUACAAAAUGAAUACUGUAUAACAUUUC